CGCACAUGCGCAGUACAAACCGGGUUUCCGGGACGGAUCGGGUAGCGACAGCGACAGACAUUUACAUCCAUAGAUAUAUCUAUGUUUACAUGUAUAUGUUUAUGGUCGGAGUUACGAAGCAGGAAGCUAGAGAGAGACAGGCCGAGUGGAAACGUUGGAGAUCGACACACUGAAUGGUCUUUUUACGUUGGAGACAGACACGAGAGAAAUGGACAUUAUUUUCACGUAAGGAAAGACGAAGUAGCGCUAUGGACGCAUGAUUGUGGGCAUUUUCUGCACGCUGGAGAGACACAGCGGCCUAUGGACGCUUUUGCAUGUUGAAGAGAGACGGCAAAUAAACAAAUGUUUAGCAGCGUCUUGCAGGCCUGUCUGUUUAUUUACGACACGACAAAGAAAAGAACACAACGCAAUACAAUACGCGGUGUGAAGGCAGAUUUGCAGAGGAGCACACACACGCCCUUUACAACUACGUUCUACAGCAACAUGUCCAGGAGGAGAAUGUUGUUGCUGAGCAGAAUCUCAGCAACCAGGAGAGGAACUCCAGUGUGGACCAGGAGGAUCCAGAGCCUCCACAGAUGAAAGAGGAGCAGGAGGAAGUGUGCAUCAUACAGGAGGGAAUGCAGCUUGCAUGCGAAUUCAAUUGUGAAGAAAUAUCCAGAGAAAUAUUUGGAGUUUUUGAUAAACCACUGGGCCAGUUGGAUGGAGAGAUCAGUUAUGAGCGCAGGCUGCUGGAUGCCAUCUGGAAACCACGAGUGGUGUUACACAGAAUUGACCAUCCACAGCAACGUGUCUGUAAAGAGGGGAAGGGCCUCACUAAUCGACAGCUCUGUGACCAGGAGAAGAACUUUAGUCAGGACCAUGAGGACCCAGAUCCUCCACAGAUUAAUGAGGAACAGGAGGAACCCUGCAUCAGUCAGCAUGGAAAGCAGAUUGUACUGAAGCAAGCGACUGAUACCUUUCUAUUGACUUCAACUGAUAAGGACAGUGACCACAGUGAAGUAGAACCAAACAGCGACCAGCUCAUCUCUGACAGUUUACCAGUAGAUGAGAGCCCAUAUGAGGACGGAAGUCAGCAUGUAGACUCAGGGUCAACUAGAAAUGCUGCGCUGAAGCCAAAGAAGAAUCACAACAAAAAGAGCAGUCACAGUAACAAUGUAGACAAGUCUUCAUUGUCUGGAAUUCACCAUGACACUGAUGCAGGUAGAAAGUCUUUAAAAUGUGAUGUUUGUGGAAAAACCUUUGAGAAUAAGCGCAAACUCAAGAAACAUCACUACAUCCACAAAAGUGUAAAACCAUUUGCUUGCAAUACAUGUGGCAAAGGUUUUAGUUUCCGGUCUAAGCUGGAAAUCCACAUGAGAAGUCACACAGGUGAGAGGCUGUUUUCUUGUAAAGCAUGUGGGAAACGUUUCAGUCAAAGCAAUACUCUGACUCGUCACAUGAGAAUUCACACAGAUGAGAGGCCGUAUUCUUGUGAAACAUGUGGGAAAUGUUUCAGUCAAAGCAACAAUCUGACUGCCCACAUGAGAACUCACACAGGUGAGAAGCCGUUUUCUUGUGAAAGAUGUAGGAGAAGAUUCAGACAUCCUGGUCAACUGCAUGUCCACAUGAGAACUCACACAGGUGAGAGGCCGUAUUUUUGUGAAACAUGUGGAAAACGUUUCAGUCAAAGUAGUACUCUGACUGAACACAUGAGAACUCACACAGGUGAGAAGCCGUAUUUUUGUGGAACGUGUGGAAAAAUUUUCAGUAGAAGCAGUAAUCUGAUAGCCCACAUGAGAACUCACACAGGUGAGAGGCCGUUUUCUUGUGAAAGAUGUAGGAGAAGAUUCAGACAUCCUGGUCAACUGCGUGUCCACAUGAGAACUCACACAGCUGAAAGGCUGUAGUCCUGGAAAAUCAGUGAAAACAAACCUUGAAACAAAACGCAUUCAUUCACAUCGUUCAGGGUAAAAGUAGGUCUUGUAGAUUUAAAGUGCCUUUAAACCGCUUCAACACUGAUUCUGUUUGUUUAUUACAUGUCAGAAUGUGACACAUGGAGCUUUUAAAAUGUGUCAACCUGUUCAAUGGAUACUGGAUGACUUUUACAGAAACACAUUACAUAAAUGUCAAUUUUGAUUUCAUUAUUUUAGUAAUCCUCGUGUUAAGUUCAUCUUUAUGUGAAUUGGUUGCAAUCCAGUUCAACUUCAGUCUGUAUUUCCGUGGUGGGUCUUUGCUGAAAAGAAAAGAUAAAAGUUUUAUCUGAUAAAACUUCAGCUUUCUCUGAGACAGUUUAAUUCAAAAGUUCAACUCGAUGAGACUUCACUUUGCUUCAGAACAGUUUGUUCAGAUCAGAUGCCUUUUAUCCAACACACUUGAAGGUUUUCUUUGUGGUGUACUGACAUGUGUUGUAAUGCAAUUGUCUAAUAGUAUGUGUUGUACUUUAUUUGGACCUGAACUGAAACACAGAUUUUUUUAGUUUCUUUACUUCAUUUUUCUUUGUGACUUCAGUCUGGUUGGCUGAUGAAAUGUUGAUGAUAGAUGGCUGUGGCGUCACUGUUUGAAUUGACCAAUUUUAUUUCCAUAGCAAAAGUACUUCCUUCACUCAUUUUUUUGUAUUCUGAAAUGCAUUAUACAAAUAAAAAUGUCUUGCCUUUUA